AUGGCUUUCCCCGCCGACGCUUCUGGUUUCGGACUAUCAGGAGCUGGAGCAGAAGGGGCCGCAGCCGCAGCAGCAGCACCGCUCCCGCCACCGGAGCCAAUCACGAUCCCACAAGCCAUCAACGACCUCCUCUUAAUUCUGCUACAGGUCCGCCAUCGGCUCAAGACGCUGAUCGACUGGUACAUCUACCCGGAGAUCGUGCCGAACGAGAUCCAAGCGUACGACCCACGACUGGUGAUUCUACAAUCGCGCCUCAAAUCGCUCGCCACGUUAUCCUACACGCAGCUGCCGUACCUGAUCGACGACUCGGACGGUCUAGCAGCACAGUAUCUGAUGGGGAUCGUCGGACAACUGCUCAACGCGAUCCACGGGAUCCAGAGCAUCUUCGUGAACCACUACGACCGCGACCUCGAGGAGCGCCGCCCGUUCGCGAGCAUCUGGGAGACGCUGAACUAUCGCGAGGACCAGCUGAAACAGGUGCCGGGUCUGUCGCCCAGCAACCCGCGCCGGCUGCGGCCCGAAGACCUCCGCGCCAGCGACGGUACCAGCACGCACGAGCUGGGCCGGGCCUUCUGCCGCGGCGCCCUGCAGAUCAGCAACAACCGCGACCGCGGCCGCAUCUCGUUCGUCGACCGCAAGGACCUGGCCGGCGAGAAGUACGAGCAGCAGAAACUCAAGGCGUUCGGCGGCGCCUUUCUCCACUGGGAGUGUCGCGACGGCCAGUGUGCGUAUCGAGUGCGCUAUCAUGUCGCCAGCAGCGUCACGUCCAACAUCCACACCACGGACGAGAUUCGCGAACAUGACCGCCUCGCCGUGCAGUAUCGCUCUUCGUUCCUGGCCAAGUCCCAUCUCUACCUGCCUGCUGCUGUCGGUCAUAAGCAGCAGCAGCAACAACAGAAAACGUCGCUCAAGUAUGGCUGUGUUUUCUGUUUCGCUACUACUCGACAUCAUCAAUUGGUCCGGGGUUACAGCGCGUUCGCCACAGCGCGUGACCUGAUCGCACAUAUCGCUCUGGAACACCGCAACCCUCUGCCGCCGAGUCUGAUGCUGCAUCGAUUUCUGGUCGCCGUGAAUGGGAAGGCGCUUGAUGAUCGGAAAAGAUGGGAUUUGAAUCUCCUCAAGGAUUGA